AUGUCACUGUUUAAUGUCUGCAGUUGGUGGUCCGCCCAGUGUUCCGAUCCCGGAGAGGAAUAUGAUGUGGCAAGUCUGCUGUGCGCCCGCUUUGGUCUGGAGUCUCAGGAAAAAGACUACAUUAUUGUGGGCUCCCAGACCGGACAGCUGAGUAUAUACUACCCGCACCGCAGGGGUUACGAUGCCACCGACCUGCUUUUGGAGACCCAGAUGGUGGCUCCCAUUAUCGGGCUAUACGCUGGCAAGUUCAGUGGAAACGUUCGCAAUGAGAACGCCAAUCAGUUGGGAGUGCUUUUACCAAACGCAAUUGUUAUUUACAACGUCGUGGCUAUCGGAGGACUGGCGGAUCAUGGUGCUCAGUUGCGACUCCAGGUGCAGGCGGAGCAUAAGUUUCAGCGCGUCUCGUUUGGUCUUUGUCAAGGUCACUUUGGACAGGUUAAGGGUCGAGAAUUCUUUUGCGUGGUGCAUCUCGAUGGCACGCUGACUUUUUAUGAACAGGAUGGCAUCUCCUACGAGUGCCGGUUCCCAGGAUACCGGGCUCUUCCUGCACCAGUGGCAUAUUGUGAGCGAACCGAUAGCUUUUUUCGCUUCAGUGCCACCUGGGAUCUGCAAUGUUUCAGCUAUCAGGAUCUAUCCCAUUCGUUGGUCACCAAGAGUAGCUACCAGCCCACCUGGACGCAGUGCGUUGGCGAGGGCAUUGUCGAUAUGCGGGUGGUUCAAGUGAAAGAGAACUGUUCCCAUAUCAUGAUCCUGGGUGAACAUAACUUUAUCUCAUUGGAUGACAAUGGCAAAUUCAAUUUCAUGCUCAAGCUGGACUAUGCUCCAAAAUGUUUUGCUAGCUUUGUUGUGGGCUACUACUGGGAGCCCGGAGCACGCCUCAUUAGUGCCAUUAUUUCGGACUCCUCAAAGUUGCAUCUGUAUGAGGAGGCUAACAUCAUAUGGGCGGCACAGUGGCCAAAUCAAUCUACCGCCCCAGUUGCCAUACAGCGGUCCAAUGUCCAGAAUUUAGCUGGAGGAAUCGUAACACUGGGUGCCAAAGGGCAGCUUGAUGUGGGCUACCUGGGCGCCGAUCCCUUUCAGUUUCAGGUUCAGCCAUUAAAUGUGGAGGAAUUGAGUUUCGCCCAGGCCCACAAGGAGCUGCAGCAGCUGGAAGACGAGAUUAAGGAGGCCGUGGAUGUGAGGGACAUGGACGCCCUCAAUCAGCAGGCAGCAGAUCAAGUGCGUCUUAGUUUCAGUAUCCAGACGGAGGCUAUAGAUGAUCUGGAUACUCUGCUAUUGGAUGUGCCGGCAGAUGUGGCAGUCAAGGAGUUGCCUUCGGCUAGGGGAUUACUGCGAUGUAGGAUUAAGUCGGAGCUAGCCGAGUUGCAACUUGUGUUCCAGACGCCUAAUGGAGUUCGUUGCAGUCAGGACACAUUGAGCUUUGUGGAUGUUCCAGCGGGUACAAGUAAGGAGUUUAAGCUGGAUUUUUAUAUUGCCGAAUUGCUACACAUCCAUACCACUAAGGUUGAAGUGGUAGCCUCUUUUCUGAGUCCCAGGGGGAUACCACGGGUCAUCCAGCAGACCGCCAACCUUCCUCUGUCCAUGUUCUAUCGAGUUUGCCAGCCCCAAAAGGCAGCUGGGAUCAAGCUGACAUACAGCAUCACCAGUCGGCAUGUGACCCCCAAGCUGGCCACCUUUUUUGGGGAGUUUCUGGAGGAGCAGAGCGAUGCCCAUGCCCUGGGCCUUCAAUUGCUCUGUCCAGGACUUGAAAAACAAAGUGAAAUCAUAACUGUGGUGGCCGCUAAGAAUUCAAAUCGUUUGCGCAUACAAUCCGACUACGUGGAGACCUUCGCCAUGAUCCUAGAGCGUGUUGUUGAGAGAACACUCCAUCUGGACAGUUCAGCGGGUUUUAUCAAAAUGGAGAAGAAGAAGGCCAAGCGCGGAGUUCUCAAUCGCUGUGUGGAACGUCUGAUGGCGGCUCCUUUUCUACCCGCCCAGCCCAUUCUUCAUCGGAUCGAUGUUCACCACGAAACGCAGCAGAGCAUUAGGAAGCAAACGGACCAACUGGAGGAUCUAUGGCAGCAGUUCAAAACCCUUCAGCGCCAACUGCAGGAGCAAUCAGAGAGUGAGCCCAAAGAGGCCCUCACCAUGCAAAUCGAGUCUAACUAUGACCAACUAAUCCUGGAGGGUGAUAAACUGGUGGAGAUUAGACGAGACGAACGCAAGCAGCGCUGCGACCUGAAUUGCGCCGUGGCUUUAGCCAAAUGGAUUAUUCAUGCCUUGAACUUGGAGGAGCGUGUGGUCAAUGUUGUCAACUCAGUGCUGAGUGUGCCCAUCGAGGACUGGACUGAACUGAGUUGGGAGGAAUCGAUGGCGCCCGGAAUCGAUAUGCUGCAUCAUUUUGGGCCGUUGACCCGUUCCAAAUCCACCUCCACCCAUGGAUUACUGGAUGCCAACACUGGCACUAGGGACAGUUUUGACUACAGCAGGUUUAGACGACACUUUGCCACGCUUUUCGAUAGGAUUGUGAGAUUGGCUUCCUCUCCGGUAGCAGUUUACCCCGAAAAAGCCACUGAAGAGAAGUCCACAGAGGAAAAGCCAUCGUCCGCACAGCCUGUAGAUGAAAUAGGGAAUAUGCAGCGGAUGCUGGGUGAGAAAGGAUUGCCACUGGCCCCGCCAAAGCGUAAGACCAAUAUGAGCAGCUCUCUGGAGGCAGUAGAAGACGAUGAGGAAUACGACGAGGAGGAUCUUCGCGAAGAUGUGGGCUACCGCAAGGAAUAUGGAGCAACCGACCAAAAAAACCCAAACAGCAAGAAGCGAUCCGAGUGGGUCAACGAGGACUUUGAGUUGCCCACCACCGAGGAGCUCUUUAGCGACCUGGGCAUCUGGUGGUAGACUUUGUGGAUUAGGGUAUUGGGGGAUU